AUGUCUCGUCCAGAAGAUACACUCCCCCCCGACCUCCACUACAAUGACACCGAAGCUCGCAAAUACACCACCUCCUCUCGAAUCCAAAACAUCCAAGCGAGCAUGACGAACCGAGCCCUCGAGCUCCUCGACCUAAACACCCCCUCCCUUCUCCUCGACAUUGGCUGCGGCUCCGGCCUCUCGGGCGAAAUCCUCACCGCGGUCUCCGAAGACGAAGGCGGUCCGCAUGUCUGGGUUGGCAUGGACAUUAGUGCAUCCAUGCUCGACGUUGCUUUACAGCGAGAUGUCGAGGGUGAUUUAAUGCUGAGUGACAUUGGCCAAGGGGUUCCAUUUCGAGCGGGAAGUUUCGAUGCCGCGAUUAGUAUUAGUGCGAUUCAAUGGUUGUGCAAUGCGGAUAGUAGCGAAGUAUCGAGUUCAGGACGACUUUCUAGAUUUUUCAACGGAUUAUAUGCAUCGUUAAAAAGAGGAGGCCGAGCAGUAUGUCAAUUUUACCCAAAGAAUGACGAGCAGAGGUCGAUGAUCACUGGAGCUGCGAUUAAAGCGGGAUUUGGCGCGGGAAUAUUGGAGGAUGAUCCGGGAACGAAAAAUGCGAAGUUGUACCUGGUAUUGACGGUUGGAGGAGGCGCGGUGGAGGCUGGAAAUGGGGAUAUUACCGGGGUGGUGAAGGGGAUGGAUGGCGUGGAUGUAUUGGAUGCAAGGAAAAAACAUAGAGAAAAGGGCAGAAAGGAAGUGAAGAAGGGUAGUAAGGCAUGGAUUUUAGGGAAGAAGGAACAGAUGGAGAGGAAAGGAAAGGUGGUCAAGAGUUCGAGUAAAUAUACGGGCAGGAAGAGAAAUAUUGCUUUUUAA